AGCUAGCAGCGCUACCUUAACUUCCUCGCGCGCCCAGGGGCUGCCCCGGCCCCGGGAGUCUCCAGGCGCGCACGCCAGCUUCCCGAGAGGCCGCGGUCCUCCGUGACCCACCCUACCCAAACCACGCCGAGCGCCCGCCGAAGCGCAGCCUGCCCAGCGACGCACGCGCAGUCGGGGGAGCGCCCCGCUGCCUCCUCCGCCCGGCCCGGAGCUGGCCUUAGUCCGCCGCCAACUGGCGGUUCGACUGGAGGCCAACGCGGAGGCCGAGUCCGACGCAAAUAGGGCGUCCAAAGCAGUGUCGCCUAGGGCGCUGAGAAGACCGUGUGGCCCGGGAAAGGGUGGAGACAACGCCUGUGACGGCUUCCCGGCUGCCCAAAGUGGGAGUGGUGUGGCUGCAGGAAGGAGAGAGGAAGAGGAGCAGAAGGGGGCAGCAGCGGCCGCCGCUAACGGCCUCCCGCGGCGCUGACAGGCUGGGCGGGCGCGCGGCGCUCCCCGGAGUUCGCGCCGCCGCGUCAGCCACCCCGGGCCCCCGGGCCCCCGAGCCCGGUCUUGCGGCACCCGACGGGACGGAGGGCUGCCGCGGCGCAGGGACAGGCCGGGUCCUCGCCGCCGAGGGAUGUGAGCGGGAGCCGAGCCCGCACGGGAGGGCCCGCGAGGGCCCAGCCUGGCGGACGCUCGGACCCGUGCCGGGUCCUGGGGCUUCGCAGACCUUGGCCCUCCGGAGGCACCGUGGAGGAGCAGCCCCUUUGGGCUGGAGGACGGUCCCUUGUCGCCUGAUCCGUGCAGCCGGUUUCAGAAGCAGGCAACGGGAACAAGAUGUGAACUGUUUCUCUUCUGCAGAAAAAGAGGCCCUUCCUCCCCCUCCCGCGACAGUGGGUAUGAUAUCCUGGCUGCUGUCCUCUAUUGCCGCAGUAAGGCCAGUGUUCUGAGAAAGACUGCAUGGGAAUGGCUUGCCUUAUGAUGACAGAAAUGGAAACAACAUCCACAUCUCCUAUACAUCAGAAUGGUGAUAUUCCUGGAAACUCUAAUUCUCUAAAGCAAAUAGAUCCAGUUCUUCAGGUGUAUCUUUACCAUUCCCUUGGGAAAGCUGAGGGAGAUUAUCUGAAGUUUCCAAGUGGAGAGUAUAUUGCAGAAGAAAUAUGUAUUGCUGCUUCUAAAGCUUGUGGUAUCACACCUGUGUAUCAUAAUAUGUUUGCUUUAAUGAGUGAAGCAGACAGGAUCUGGUAUCCACCCAACCAUGUCUUCCAUAUAGAUGAGUCAACAAGGAAUAAUGUACUCUACAGAAUAAGAUUUUACUUUCCUCACUGGUAUUGCAGUGGCAGCAACAGAACUUACCGGCAUGGGAUAUCUCGAGGUGCUGAAGCUCCUCUUCUUGAUGACUUUGUCAUGUCUUACCUUUUUGCUCAGUGGCGGCAUGAUUUUGUGCAUGGAUGGAUAAAAGUGCCUGUGACUCAUGAAACUCAGGAAGAAUGUCUUGGGAUGGCAGUGUUGGAUAUGAUGAGAAUAGCCAAAGAAAACGAUCAGACUCCACUGGCCAUUUAUAACUCUAUCAGCUAUAAGACAUUCUUACCAAAAUGUGUUCGAGCAAAGAUUCAAGACUAUCAUAUUUUGACAAGGAAGCGAAUAAGGUACAGAUUUCGCAGAUUUAUUCAGCAGUUCAGUCAAUGCAAAGCCACUGCCAGAAACUUGAAACUUAAGUAUCUUAUAAAUCUGGAAACUCUUCAGUCUGCCUUCUACACAGAGCAAUUUGAAGUAAAAGAACCUGGAAGAGGUCCUUCAGGUGAGGAGAUUUUUGCAACCAUUGUAAUAACUGGAAACGGUGGAAUUCAGUGGUCAAGAGGGAAACAUAAAGAAAGUGAGACACUGACAGAACAGAAUUUACAAUUAUAUUGUGAUUUUCCGGAAGUUAUUGAUGUCAGUAUUAAGCAAGCAAACCAGGAAUGCUCAAAUGAAAGUAGAAUUGUAACUAUCCAUAAGCAAGAUGGUAAAAAUUUGGAAAUUGAACUUAGCUCGUUGAGGGAAGCUUUGUCUUUUGUGUCAUUAAUUGAUGGGUAUUAUAGAUUAACUGCAGAUGCACAUCAUUAUCUCUGUAAAGAAGUAGCACCUCCAACAAUGCUUGAAAAUAUACAGAGCAACUGUCAUGGCCCAAUUUCAAUGGAUUUUGCCAUCAGUAAACUGAAAAAAGCAGGUAAUCAGACUGGGCUGUAUGUACUUCGAUGUAGUCCUAAGGACUUUAAUAAGUAUUUUCUGACUUUUGCUGUUGAGCGAGAAAGUGUCAUUGAAUAUAAACACUGUUUGAUCACUAAAAAUGAAAAUAGAGAGUACAAUCUCAGUGGAACUAAGAAGAACUUCAGUAAUCUUAAAGAUCUUUUGAAUUGCUACCAGAUGGAAACUGUUCGCUCAGACAAUAUAAUUUUCCAGUUUACUAAAUGCUGUCCCCCAAGGCCAAAAGAUAAAUCAAACCUUCUAGUCUUCAGAACCAAUGGUAUUUCUGAUGUACCAACCUCACCAACAUUACAGAGGCAUAAUAAUGUGAACCAAAUGGUAUUUCACAAAAUCAGAAAUGAAGAUUUAAUAUUCAAUGAAAGUCUUGGCCAAGGCACUUUUACAAAAAUUUUUAAAGGUAUAAGAAGAGAAGUAGGAGACUAUGGUCAACUUCAUGAAACAGAAGUUCUUUUAAAAGUUCUGGAUAAAGCACAUAGAAAUUAUUCAGAGUCUUUCUUUGAAGCAGCGAGCAUGAUGAGCCAGCUUUCUCAUAAGCAUUUGGUUUUAAAUUAUGGAGUAUGUGUCUGUGGAGAGGAGAAUAUUCUGGUUCAGGAGUUUGUAAAAUUUGGAUCACUAGAUACAUAUCUGAAAAAGAAUAAAAAUUCUAUAAAUAUAUUAUGGAAACUUGAAGUGGCUAAACAGUUGGCAUGGGCCAUGCAUUUUCUAGAAGAAAAAUCCCUUGUUCAUGGGAAUGUAUGUGCCAAAAAUAUUCUGCUUAUCAGAGAAGAAGACCGGAAAACUGGAAAUCCUCCUUUCAUCAAACUUAGUGAUCCUGGCAUUAGUGUUACAGUUUUACCAAAGGACAUUCUUCAGGAGAGAAUACCAUGGGUACCACCUGAAUGCAUUGAAAAUCCUAAAAAUCUAAAUUUGGCAACAGACAAAUGGAGUUUUGGUACUACUUUAUGGGAAAUCUGCAGUGGAGGAGAUAAGCCUCUGAACGCUCUAGAUUCUCAAAGAAAGCUACAGUUUUAUGAAGAUAGGCAUCAGCUUCCUGCACCAAAGUGGACAGAAUUAGCAAACCUUAUAAAUAAUUGCAUGGAUUAUGAACCAGAUUUUAGGCCUUCUUUCAGAGCCAUCAUACGAGAUCUUAACAGUUUAUUUACUCCAGAUUAUGAACUAUUAACAGAAAAUGACAUGUUACCAAACAUGAGGAUAGGUGCCCUAGGGUUUUCCGGUGCAUUUGAAGACAGAGACCCUACACAAUUUGAAGAGAGACACUUGAAAUUUCUACAGCAACUUGGCAAGGGUAAUUUUGGGAGUGUGGAGAUGUGCCGGUAUGACCCUCUGCAGGACAACACUGGGGAAGUGGUGGCUGUAAAAAAGCUCCAGCACAGUACUGAGGAGCAUCUUAGAGACUUUGAAAGGGAAAUUGAAAUCCUGAAAUCUCUGCAGCAUGACAACAUUGUAAAGUACAAGGGAGUAUGCUACAGUGCUGGACGGCGUAACCUAAGAUUAAUUAUGGAAUAUUUGCCACAUGGAAGUUUACGAGACUACCUCCAAAAACAUAAAGAACGAAUAGAUCACAAGAAACUUCUGCAGUAUACAUCUCAAAUAUGCAAGGGCAUGGAGUAUCUUGGUACAAAAAGGUAUAUCCAUAGAGAUCUAGCAACAAGAAAUAUAUUGGUGGAGAAUGAGAACAGAGUUAAAAUUGGAGAUUUUGGAUUAACAAAAGUCUUGCCACAAGACAAAGAAUACUACAAAGUGAAAGAACCUGGUGAAAGUCCCAUAUUCUGGUAUGCUCCAGAAUCUCUGACAGAGAGCAAGUUUUCUGUGGCCUCAGAUGUUUGGAGCUUUGGAGUAGUUUUGUAUGAACUUUUCACAUACAUUGAAAAAAGUAAAAGUCCACCAGCGGAAUUUAUGCGUAUGAUUGGCAAUGACAAGCAAGGACAGAUGAUUGUGUUCCAUUUGAUAGAACUCCUGAAGAAUAAUGGAAGAUUACCAAGGCCAGAUGGAUGCCCAGAUGAGAUUUAUGUGAUCAUGACAGAAUGCUGGAACAAUAAUGUAAAUCAACGCCCCACCUUCAGGGACCUAGCACUUAGAGUGGAUCAAAUAAGGGACAACAUGUCUGGAUGAAAGAAAUCACCUUUAAACUGAGACCAAAGUACACUUAGAAAAGAAAGUUUUAUAUUUCACAAUACUGUGGCCUAUUAUCACACAUAUCAUUCUUAUGUAAAUCGUGAUGCCAGCUGGCAAAGAUGUGAAAAUAUCUGCUCAAAACUUCAAAAGUUAGUGAAUUUUUCUUCAUUCAGCCAUCCGUAGAAGACACUGAUGAAGAGUCUUGAGCAAGAAAGUUUGUAAAAAAGUAUCACAAAUUUGAUCAGUCAGUUACAUCUCCUCCUCUGGCAAAAGAAAAAAAUAGACUUUUUUUCAACUCUACUUUUUGAGAGAUGAAAUAUUAUAAUGUAAAUUUUGCAAUGUUAAAGAUACAUAGAAUAUGUAUGUACAGUUUUUACCACAGUGAAUGUAUUAUACUUUGGCAUCUUGUGUGAGAUACACAAGGACUGAUGUUCAUUAAUAAUGUUUUCUAAUUUUUCCAUAAUUGAUUUACAUAACUUCAUUAUACAAACAAAUUAAGAUGCUUAAACAAUUGAAUAAGCACCUUUGUGUUCUUGUUCAUCUGCGUCACUCUCUGGCAAUAUUAAGCAGGCUUAUACUUUUGGCUUGUAGUUUCAUAUACUGUAAAUAUUUUUCAAAGCAGAGGGAACAAAAGUCUAGUUUUAUUUGUGUAGGAAAUUUCCCUGACCUUCUAAAGAACACAUUUUGAAAUGAAACAUACUUACAAAGACAUAACACAAUCUAUUUUCUUAUUUGUUUCCCUUUUAUCUGUUGUGGUAAGUAUGUUUUUUUUUUUUUAAAUACAAAUAUCUUCAGAUUUUUCUAAGACUACAAUGAAUAGUAUUCUUUAAUUUUUGUGAUUAAGAAUGCCAGGAAUAUUGUCAUCCCUUGAGCUGAUGACUGGCCAAUAAGAUUCUUCAAUCCCUGGAACCUAUAAUAAUGCAGUAUAUUUAAACAUAAGCCAUAAAAAUUUCUAAAAUGUACAAGUUCAUUAAGAUGCAUAUUGGGUUAGGAAUUAUCUUUCUAAAGAGUAUGUAUUUGAGUGGUUUCCAAACUUUCUAUUGCAAUCAUAGAGAGAUUUUUUAAAGAGUAUCUCAUACACAAAGGGUAAAAGAGGUAAAUUGGUGAAAAAGUAUGUUUGUAAUAAUUUGAUUCAAAAAUGCCAGUAGAGAAUUCAUGAUGUACAGCUUUAAGGAAAAGGAAAGAGAACAUACAUAUUUUCAAACAAGUGUAAAGAAUUUGUUGUUUUCAUCUGUUUUAGUGUGACUCCAUUAUAGAUCCUAUACCUAAAAUAAAAUACGGUGGGUUUGUGUGUGUGCCCAUGUGUGUAUGUGUAUUAAUUAUACAGAGCUUAACAAUGCUUAGUAUUUUGGUUAAGAAUGAAGUAGUUUCUUUAAUCUCAGUGGUGUAUGCCAUUUUAUAAAACAUGUACUUAAGAUUUUUGGUUGAAGGGAAGGAAAAUGAAGAAGUAUUUCUUGCAUUCUUUGCCUAUAAAGUAUUUUAGUAGAUACCAGAUGCAGAAGUCAUCUAAAAUGAGAGUGUGUUCAAUUAAAAAAAAAAAAAGAUUUCUAACAUAUUUUGAUGAAAAUUGAG